AUGGAGGUGGAGGAGGCGGAGCUACGGGAGGCGAUCAGCGAGGCGGCCUCCGCGGCGGUGCGGGCUCCUUCGGCCUGGUCGCCGGGGGCGCGCCCUCGCUCCGCGGUCUCCGGCAGCGCCGCCGACGCCGCCGACGCCCCUCCGACUGCCUCUGUUCCGACGGCGGCGCCGCUGCGCGACGAGGACGGCUUCCCACUCGAGCCAGAGCAGGUGGCGCCGCUGCUGCGAGCGGCGCGGCGAGGCGCGUACGCGCGGCUCCUCGCGCCCGCCGCCGAGUCGGGCCUCCUCUCGCACUUGCACGCCGCGGCGCGCGACGACUUGCGCGAGAUCCUGCUGCGCACCGCGGGCGGCCUCGAGAACUCGACGGCGCUGCUGCUCGGGCCUCGCGGCGCCGGCAAGCACCGCGUGCUGUGCGAGACGCUGGCGGAGCUGCGCGGCAAGAGCGGCGCCGCGGGCGCGGACUUCCUCGUCGUCGACGUGUCCGCGGUGCUGAUGACGGACGAGGUGUCCACCCUGAUGGGCAUCGCCGCGCAGCUCAACCUGACGGCGCAGAUCCACAUGAGGAGGUUCGGCUCGUUCGCCGACGGGCUGAGGCACAUGCUGCACUUGCUGCGGCGCUCGCGGCCCGGCUCGCAGGGCGAGGGGCAACGGGAGGGGCAGGCGCAGCCGGUGUGCUUUGUGCUGCACAACUUCGAGGACUUUGCGCUCCGCCCAAAGCAAACCCUCCUCUACUCGCUCUUUGACCUCUGCCAGACGGACGACGCGCAGAUGGCCGUCAUCGGGCUCACCUCGCGCGUCGACGCGCUCGACCUGCUCGAGAAGCGGGUCCGCUCGCGCUUCUCGGGCCGGCAGCUCGCCCUCUCCUACCUCCCGACCGUCGCCGACGCGACCUCCCUCCUCCGCCGCGCGCUGAGCGAGCCCGUCCCCGCCGAGGCGAAGAGCGUCGACGGCCGCCUCGUGCGCCCCUUCCACGGCGCGUGGGCGAGUGCGGUCGACGAGCUGUGCGCCGCCCUCGAGGCCUCGCCCACCCUCGAGCGGCUCCUCUGGCACGGCCUCACCCCGCGCACCCUCCUCGCCGGCCUCAAGCUCCACCUCGCCGCCCUCAGCCCCGCGGCGCCGCUGCCGACCGCCGACGGCGUCGAGGCGGCGCUCGCCCGAGAGCUCCCUCUCCCGGUGGCGGAGGCGCUGCUCCCCGAGCUCUCCGUCGUCGAGCUCCUCCUCCUCCUCUGCCUCCAGCGCCGUCUCGACACGGACGCGCCGCCGCCGCACACGCUGCGCGCCGUGCUCCGCGAGUACCACCAGUUCCUCGCCGACGCGCCAGAGGCGGCGGCGCACCCGGCGCUGGUGCUCCGGCUGUCGCCGCGCGCGCUCGAGUGCUACGUACGCGACGCGGCCGUCCUCCCGACGCACGUGCGCCGCUUCGGCGUCUCUUGGCUCAAGUGA